AUGCAAGGAGGUGUUCGACGCAAGGCAGAUUUGCUGCCUCGGUAUCGUGGCCAAAAAAACGGUGGGAACGGGAAGGGUUCUUAUUUGACCACCCCAAUGAAAAAAGCGAUAAUCUAUGCUAUUAUGUUAGCAGCGGUGUUUUUCGCGGUCCGUACGCUUGUGCUGGACGCCAGGAAGCCGCCGGCCGAAUUUGAGCUCGAAGACGCUGGAAACGAGCUGGAAUUUGGUGGGGAAACAAGCACAACCGGCGGUGGUCUACUGGAUGCAGCUCAAAAAGUGGCGCUACAAGUGGGACAGGCAGCACAGGGAGCUGACAAAGUCAACACAAAGGUGGAUACACAAGCCAAACCCCAAGGUGCUCCCGCCAAAGUGCCGAAGGAACAGUUCAAUAACGAGGUGGCCAUGCAGCAAGAGGUCAAAAACUUACAAGAACACGAUCCAGAAUACCAACAGUCGAAGACUCCAAAUGUCAAAGACAGCACCAAGCAGGGUAUUGGCAACGACGUCAAAGCCGACAAGCAGCAAGCCAGCGAAGCGGACGAGGAAAUCGUUGAUGAACAGGCUAAAAAGAUUAACGACAAGGCGCCGUACAAGAAGACGGACACUUCCAAACCACUUGAUAGCCAGAAAUCCGGCAAAAAGGCCGGUAACAAGAACUCUGGUCUUGUAAUCGACGAUUAA